UCUACCCUGAGCUAGGUGACGACUCUCGCGGGCAGAGCAUUAAAGAGCUGAAGAAAGCUAUGAAGGUGAUCUACCCUGUCGUGUUUUUCGUCGUUGUCGAGCUCACUUCAGGACUGCUGCUCAGACCGAAGCCCCCUGCCUGUACAGCAUCUCCAGAUCCAGGGCCGUGCAAAGCUCACAUGAGACGCUACUACUUCAACGCCACAUCGGGCCGCUGCGAAGAGUUCAUUUAUGGAGGUUGUUACGGGAACAGCAACAACUACAAGAGGAUAGUCAGUUGCUACAAAAACUGCGCCAAUUUGUCCCACAGAAAGUGCUUAGCACCUUUGGACGUUGGGAACUGUUCUGCGGAGGUCGAGAGGUACUAUUUUGACGUCGUUAGCGGGGAGUGCCAGAAGUUCGUCUACACUGGAUGCGAAGGGAAUGAAAACAACUACGCGGACCUGGGCUCUUGCCAGCGGGUUUGCAGUCCGCAACCAUGACUUCCCGGACGUCGCGCCAAACCCGGUUCCUGAUGUCCCUGUUUUGGAUGUCUGGCCCUUCACCGGACUACAUCUCUCUAAGUGUCUCCACCCAUAGAUGGCUAUUAAACGUUAUAAAAUCACAA